GUGCGGGGCUCAGAAGAUGGCUGCGGAGCUGAGCGCCGGGCAGUGGCUGCGGCGGCGGCAGCGGGCGGGGAGCGCGGCGGGCAGGGGUUCCGCCUUGCGCGUGGGGCGCUGAACUGAGAGGCGCGGAGGCGGCGAGGGCGCGCGGGGGUCUUGGGGGCUGCUCGGCGCCGCCUCCCUGCCACCCGCCUCACCAUGGGCAGCGCGGAGGAUGCGGUCAAAGAGAAACUGCUGUGGAACGUGAAAAAGGAGGUGAAGCAAAUCAUGGAGGAAGCUGUCACCAGGAAGUUUGUUCAUGAGGAUAGCAGCCACAUCAUUGCUCUGUGUGGUGCUGUGGAGGCUUGCCUCCUGCAUCAACUGAGACGCCGUGCUGCUGGCUUCCUGCGCAGUGACAAGAUGGCAGCUCUGUUCACCAAGGUGGGGAAAACGUGCCCUGUGGCUGGGGAGAUUUGCCACAAGGUACAGGAGCUGCAACAACAAGUAGAGGGCAGGAGACCCUCAGGAGGUGGCCAGGAGGCCCUGCGGAAACAGGGCUCAGCUGGUGGGAAGGCCCCGGUCCUCAGCCCACAGGCCUUGAAGCACAUAUGGGUACGCACAGCACUCAUGGAGAAAGUUCUGGACAGGGUUGUGCAGUACCUGGCGGAGAACUGCAGCAAGUACUACGAGAAGGAAGCAUUAUUGGCAGACCCUGUGUUUGGCCCCAUCCUGGCCUCUCUUCUAGUGGGACCCUGUGCCUUGGAAUACACAAAGCUCAAGACGGCUGAUCACUAUUGGACUGACCCCUCUGCUGAUGAGCUAGUCCAGAGGCACCGUAUCCGGGGUCCCCCUAGUCGCCAGGAUUCUCCUGCAAAGCGCCCUGCCCUGGGGAUCCGGAAGCGACAUUCUAGUGGCAGUGCAUCAGAGGACAGGCUAGCCGCCUGUGCCCGCGAGUAUGUGGAGUCCCUGCACCAGAACUCAAGAACACAACUGCUCUACGGCAAGAACAACGUGCUGGUGCAGCCGAAGGAGGACAUGGAGGCUGUCCCUGGCUACCUCUCUCUACACCAGUCUGCAGAGAGCCUAACUUUGAAGUGGACCCCCAACCAGCUCAUGAACGGGACUCUGGGGGACACUGAGCUGGAAAAGAGUGUUUACUGGGACUAUGCCCUGGUGGUGCCCUUCAGUCAGAUCGUCUGUAUUCACUGCCAUCAACAAAAGAGCGGUGGCACACUUGUGCUGGUGAGCCAGGACGGCAUCCAGAGACCACCACUGCACUUCCCACAGGGAGGACACCUGCUGUCCUUUCUGUCCUGUCUGGAGAAUGGGCUUCUGCCUCGAGGACAGCUUGAGCCCCCACUGUGGACCCAGCAGGGGAAGGGCAAGGUGUUCCCCAAGCUGCGGAAACGCAGUAGCAUGCGACCUGUGGAUGUGGAGGAGCUGGGCAUGGGGCGGGCCACAGACUACGUGUUCCGGAUCAUCUACCCUGGGCAUAGGCACGAGCACAUCACUAUUAACUACCACCACCUAGCGGCCAGCCGCGCGGCCUCGGUGGACGAUGAUGAGGAAGAGGAGGAUAAACUGCACUCGAUGCUCUCAAUGAUCUGCUCGCGGAACCUCACAGCUCCCAAUCCGAUGAAAGAUGCUGGCGACAUGAUCGAGAUGCAGGGCUUUGGGCCCAGCCUGACAGCCUGGCACCUAGAACCCCUGUGCAGCCAGCGCUCCUCUUGCCUCUCCUGCUCCUCUAACAGCUCCCCAUAUGCAACCCCCAGUCACUGCAGCUGUGUCCCAGACCGGUUGCCCCUCAGGCUGCUGUGUAAGAGCAUGAAGAGGCAGAUCGUGUCCCGGGCCUUCUAUGGCUGGCUGGCCUACUGCCGCCACCUGUCCACAGUACGGACCCACCUGUCAGCACUGGUGCAUCACAACAUUAUCCCACCUGAUCGACCCCCAGGGGCCUUGGGAGGCCUCACCAAGGAUGUGUGGAGCAAGUAUCAGAAGGACAAAAAGAACUAUAAGGAGCUGGAGCUGCUAAGGCAGGUGUACUACGGAGGUGUGGAACAUGAGAUCCGCAAGGACGUCUGGCCCUUCCUCCUUGGCCACUAUAAAUUUGGCAUGAGCAAAAAGGAGAUGGAGCAGGUAGACACAGCGGUGGCAGCAAGGUACCAGCAGGUGUUGGCGGAAUGGAAGGCCUGUGAGGUGGUGGUGAGGCAGCGGGAGCGGGAAGCUCACCCAGCCACGCUCACCAAGUUCUCCUCAGGCAGCAGCAUCGACAGCCACGUGCAGCGCCUCAUCCACCGAGACUCCACCAUCAGCAACGACGUGUUUAUCUCUGUGGAUGAUCUGGAGCCCCCAGGGCCUCAGUGCCCCGAAGAUUCCAGACCAAAGCCUGAGCAGGAGCCAGGAGUUGGGACUCCAGGCACAGCCAUGGUGGAGCAGCAGCAGUCAGUGGAGUUUGAUUCUCCCGACUCAGGGCUGCCGUCCUCCCGCAAUUACUCUGUGGCAUCAGGCAUCCAGUCCAGCCUAGAUGAGGGCCAGAGUGUGGGCUUUGAAGAGGACGGUGGUGGAGAAGAAGGCUCUGAUGGGCCAGCACCUACAGGCCACACUUUCUCUGAGCCUCAGGAUCCCAGCCAAGAAAAGGUUUCACAGGCCAGUGAGCUGGAGGCAGCCGGAGAGCUCACAGCUGUGUGUGCUGCGGCCUACACUAUAGAAUUAUUGGACACCGUGGCCUUAAAUCUACACCGCAUAGACAAGGACGUGCAGAGAUGUGACCGGAACUACUGGUAUUUCACAACCCCCAACCUCGAGCGGCUCAGAGACAUCAUGUGCAGCUAUGUGUGGGAGCACCUGGACGUGGGCUAUGUGCAGGGCAUGUGUGAUCUGCUGGCACCUCUCCUGGUUAUCCUUGACAAUGAUCAGCUGGCCUACAGCUGCUUCAGUCACCUCAUGAGGAGGAUGAGCCUGAACUUCCCCAAUGGGGGCGCCAUGGACACUCAUUUUGCCAACAUGCGCUCCCUCAUCCAGAUCCUGGACUCUGAGCUGUUUGAGCUGAUGCAUCAGAAUGGAGACUACACCCACUUCUACUUCUGUUACCGCUGGUUCCUGCUGGAUUUUAAGAGAGAGCUGCUGUAUGAGGAUGUGUUUGCUGUGUGGGAGGUGAUCUGGGCAGCCAGGCACAUCUCAUCCGAGCAUUUUGUGCUGUUCAUCGCCCUGGCCCUGGUGGAGGCCUACCGAGAGAUCAUCCGUGACAACAACAUGGACUUCACUGACAUCAUCAAGUUCUUCAAUGAGCGGGCUGAGCAUCAUGAUGCCCAGGAGAUCCUGCGGAUUGCCCGGGACCUCGUCCACAAGGUGCAGAUGCUCAUAGAGAACAAAUGAGGGCUGUAGCCAGGGGCUGCAUGGAGAGCCUGGGCACCAGGCCCCCGGGCUCCAGCAGGGAGAGGUGCAGGGGCAUUACAGCCGAUUGCUCCAACCCCCAGCUGUCCCUGCCUGCACAGCUGUGUUCCUAACAAAGUGAUUGUGAGCCUGGAUCCGACUCCAGGCUGUGUGGCUCUGCAGGGCUAGUCAGCGCCAGGCUACCCUCAGAUCAGGGAUGAGAUGGGAGGGGUUGGCCUCACAGAGCAGCUGCCUUGGGGCACACCUACUCUGUUCUCCUCUUAAACAACCAGGAAUAGCUCCACUGCCACCUGCAGCCUCAGCCUGGACUGUCCCCCAAUGCCUCUCUUGAAUCAACCUGGGGCCCUCUAGAGCUAGCAGGGACUAUAUAGUGGCCUGGGCCCCUCCUGUCAAGAGUUGCAGGGGACAAUGGGACUCUGUGUGUUCUCUCUCCUGAUAGCCCCUUUGCAGUCCCAGUUGGGGCAGCUAGAACAGCUGCCUUUUAGGGCAUGUGUCCUGGAGACAAGAGACCUAAGCUGCCUUCCAGGCCCUCUCCUAAGAUUCUGGGGCAGUCAGAUGUGGGUCCUGGGUGGGAGAAACCCACCUUAGCAGCACUGCCACCACUUCUGGCCACCUGAGGUGAACUCAAGUGCUCUCCCUACUGUACAGGUCACCUAUGUGUGUCUGUACAGUGUCACUCUUACCUCCCUGUCCUUUCUUUAUGUAUUAGAUAUAUCCCUGAAAAUGUGGAAGUAACAUUCUUGUUAGUUGGAUGAUCUGGAGCACAGCUGGAUCACUAGCUCUCCAGAGGAACCCCAGGUGAUUUUAUACAGAGGCAGUCCUGUCACAGCUUCUUCUCAGGGACAGUCCUGAGCUUAGGAGCAGCUUGUUGCCUGUCCCAGGAAUCUGCCUGUCCCUGGGGCUAAGGGAUGUGGGGGAUGCUUGGUGAAAAGCAAGGCCCACUCUGAUUUCCACAGGCUUCUCAGGAUGCUGAGAGGCCUAGGGACCCAGAAGUCCCUGAGAGGAGCUGCACUUGCAGGGGUGCCAGGAAGGGUGUGGCUCCUGACCUGAGACUUAGGCAUGCUGCUUGCUCUGUCAACCCCACAGCCCCUUCCACUCAGCUCAUGCUAGGCCUUGUCCUGGAGGACAUAUCUGGGUUUGGGGCCUACCCAAAAGUCACCAAGGUAUGCAGACAUCCCACAUUUGGGAAUCAUGAGAAAGCCCAGCAGCUAUUCCGCAACCAGCCCAGCCUUCCCAGCCCACCCCUGUCCUGGGCACUGCACGGCCUGUUUGGGGGCCAGCCCACCCCGUUGCCCACCCGUCUGUGAGUCCUUGGCCUCCACCAAGCAUGGUGGCCAUUGUGUGCCUGCCUUAGUGACUCAGUGGUUUUGUGGAGAGCGGAGUAUAUAUGUUUUUGGCUCAGAAACUAUACUCUUCAGUGUAACCAACCAAUAAAUACAGCAUUUGGCAACA